GUUUUAUUAGUUUAGUUCAUUGUCGUGCACUUAUAUUUUGGGUUGGCUAUUUUAAGCCCAAGUUUGUACUCGCAAAUGUGUGCAUUAAAAUGCGUGGCUCAACUCCUCGAAAAUCGGACUCAUAAACAAACAUACACACACGCACACAGCUGAUUCUUCAUAACCCUGCACGUUUUGCCCAAAACUUUGCCAAUGUCAGCUCUUUGAACCAGCAAUUAUGUCGUGCUUCAAACCGUCGGGCAAAUAAAACUAUAUAAACUCGAGCAGUUGUCAUAUUUUUAUCAGUUUAGUUUUGUUUUCUCAACAAUACAGCACAAACCAAACACAAAAUGUUCAAAUACUUCGCUCUCGUUUUCGUCGCUCUCUUCGCCUUCGCCGCUGCAGAGCCUAAACCCGCUGUGGUAGCAGCGCCAUUCGCCUACUCAGCUCCUCUGGUUGCCUCCCCCUACUCCGCUGCCUAUGCUGCUCCAUAUGCCGCUUACGCCGCCGCGCCCUAUGCCGCCUACGCUUCACCCUACGCCGCCUAUUCCGCUUACUCCGCUUACCCAUACAGCGCCGCCUAUGUGCUCCGCAAGUAAAGGGAACCUAGCAGAGGAACUAUGGAACUGUGAUUGUCCAAUAAAUGAAAUUGAUUGGCAUUGAAUAGAAGAAAAUUUGACUCAAACUUUAUGGAAAUAAUGAAAUAAAACUGAAAAUUUAGAAACGAA